GGUGGCCGGAAGUGGCGGUGGGGCUGGCGGGCGGCAGGGCCACAGCCGGCGACGGCGCCGGGCCCCGUACCUGGAAGCAAUUGUGACCCCAGUAAAUUGUGAUCCAUGGCUACGGUGUUAAUACGCCGAAGAUUUCCAAGGCUGAGCAGGGUGACUACAUUUUUGACUACUGCCAAAUGCAAGGCCGAGAGAGAAAGCAACAAAAGUAAGCAGAAGGAAGAGAACCCAGAAACACCCAACAGCAGACCCGAAUCCACAGCCACAAUCCAGUUGCUGGAUCCUUCGGACUACAGAGUAUUGUAUAAUCCCUCUGCCUAUGCCAAGAGCAGAGCUGCCUCCCAGCAGAGUGCUGCUAGGAGCUGCAGCCAGGCUCUCACUGAUGAUUCCACCAACACUGGCACCUCAAAGGUUCAGCAUACAUUCACUACCACCUCUGCUCAAGCUUUGCCACCUGUCAGAAAUGCCCUGCCAAAGCCCAAACCGCACCUCAAGCAGACCAUGCCAGCACGACUCUCUGCAGCGCAGACCAGGAAGGAGGAGGCAGAAAUGGAUAAAGCAGAGAUGCAUGACUCCAAGGAGGACCCUCGCAUGUUCCAACAAGGGAGGCCUGAGUACAGAACUCUCAGCUAUGAUAAAUUUGAGCCAAUAGAGGCUCUUCCUUCAGAAGAAGGUGACUCGAUAUUGCACAGCAUACCCAUAUCCAAGGGCAGCCACAGCCCAGGAACUGUCACAGAUUAUUUUUGCAAGCUGAGUCAUUUGCCAGUGGAACAACACGCAGAGUUGAUGAUUGACCACAGGUUUAAUACACUGUGUUGCUGUGCUAUUGAGAAUAUCCAGUCAUUCAGCACUUCAGAACUCAUUGAUAUCUUAAAGGCCUGCGUUCGUUUGGUUGUGCCACCCACCCACCCUGUGCUGAAUGCCUGUGAGAAUGAAUUCUGCCGGCGCGUGUGGGACAUGAACCUGGACCAGCUGCUGCUGGUGGCAGAUUGCUGGCGCUGCCUGGGGCGCAGCGUGCCUUCCUACCUGAGCAUUUUGUUCAGCUAUGCCAACAUGCAUUGGAAAGAGCUCACUUUGCCCCAGCUUGUUCAGCUUGUUUAUAUCAUCGGUGAAGGCCGCAAGUCACCCGUGGACUUGAUGCAGAAGCUGGAGAGUGUGAUUUUGAAGUACUUGGAUUCCUGCACCUUGGAGGAGUUGGGUGCUAUUUGCUUAGGGCUCUUCAAAUCCAUCAGUGGUAUCUCUGACCACGUCAUGAGGAAGAUUGCAGACAGAGUCUCCCUGGAGAUGGAAGAUAUGGGCACUUAUGCUUUAGUGAACGUGCUUAAGAUGCUCCGCUACACUCGCAUGGAUCACCUGCCCCUCUUGAGGAAACUUGGGAAAGUUGUCCCUGCUCGAAUUCCUACAACAAACAUCCAGGGUAUCAUGCACAUAACUCUUAGCUGUUCAUCCCUACACUACUAUGAUGAAGGCAUUUUGGCUGCUGUUGCCACGUCAUUGCCUUCCAAAGUGACUUACUGCCGUAGCAAGGAUGCUGCCAAGUUCUUAUGGUCGUUUGGAUGCUUGGACUACGAACCUCCAAACGAGGAAGAGUUUUACUCCAGCCUGAUAGAGCAGAUGCUUAGAAAACGCCAUGAAUUUGAGAAGUUUCCAGAGCAUCUCCUUACUGGCUUGCUUGGCCUGGCAUUUGUCAAACGCUUCCCAGAGGAGCUGAUAGAUUAUGCUUUGAGAGAUGAGUUUGUCCAUAAAGUGAGAGGUAGUAAAUAUGAACUCAGAAAGGACCUGUUCACUCUUGGUAGGAGCGUUGAAAUUGAGUGCCCGGGCUACCAAGGCAGCCGUCUUGCACCUCAGCUUUAUGAAGAGAUGACUGAGAUGGUUCUGAAUUUUGCAGAGCAGGAAAUCUAUGUCAGGCCUGAAAUUGUGGAAGCUGUGUCUCUUCUCAAGAGCAUGUUAGGUGGUCCUGAGUAUGUGAAAAACCACAUGAUUUUGCCUCACACCAGAUCGAGUGACCUGGAGGUUCAUUUGGCCAUGGAUGGGCAUCCCAUCCCUUUCAACUCAAGUGACACUGUUGCAGAUAAGAACCUCAAAGACAUAGGAGUUAGUCUAACAGAUGACCUAAUGGCUCAGCUUAUCAAAGGGAAAUCUAACAGCCAAUCCCCUGCAGAGGGGGAAACUGAAGCUGCAGCUCCUAGACAGGAGUGGAACCAAGCACCAACACCCUCUGUAUCACUUUUGAGUGGGCCCGUUAUCGCAGACACCAGAUUGCAAGUCACGACUCCAUCGGGGAGCUGCCCUGGGGCCUCCCCUUCUCUUGUGCCCCUCCAGCAGCCCCAGGGGGUAAGGCUGGCCAUUCAGGUGUCCAACCGCAACCACUACUGCUACCUGUCCAAGCGGCUCUUGGGGCUGCACUGCCUGAAGAGGCGGCAGCUGCGGCAGCUGGGCUACGUGGUGGUGGAGCUUCCCUUCUGGGAGUGGUUCCCCCUGCUCAAACGCACGCGCUUGGAGAAACUGAGCUACCUCCAUUACAAGGUGUUCAACCCAGUGCUGCUCAGCAGGGCUGGCUGACAGCCCGGGGUCUGCUUGCUUGGGGGCUGCUGCAGCCUCCCAAAGUAGUGCUUGGAAAUGAUCUCUGAGUGCUGGUGAAGCUAUUGCAGGUGCUUUAUGUGCUGAAUCUGCCUUGACGUGUUAGAGAAUUCUGCUCUGUUCAUGAUCAUGUGCCCCGUGCUCUUUGUUGUUACAUCAGUCCGCAAAUGCUGCCAUGACAAAUAAAACCUACCUUUGUAUUAA